AUGUCCAAGCUCGAGAGGGAGGACAGUCGUCGCGCCAACGGCAGCUUUGCGCUGAUCGAACUUUUGAUUCGGCGAGUGUGGUCGGGGAUGGGAAGAAGAGAGGCGACCCGGCGGCUGGCGGCGGCGGAGGUGCGGUUUGUGGUGGGUAUUCUGGGCGUGAUUACUCGUGAGGAGGCUGCAAAGAAGAAGAAGAAGAAGCUCGAAAAUCACCCCAAAGAGGGCAUGCUACCACUGCACCAACGAAACGGCUAUGCCACCGAAGACCGAAUAUGUUUUUCUAGAACGCAAUUGAUCCAUAACGUGACCAAAACAAGGCUGUCGAGGUACAACGACGUUCUGAAAUACAAUGCAAAGACAAAAAAGGGGCUGAAGGAGCCGAAGAAGAGGAAGGGGCAGCCGAAGGGGCCGGGAAGGAAGAAAUAG